UUCCAGUUUUAAGAUUCUCACAGGUUUGCAGAGUAAGCGUAUUAGGGUUUUUCUCAACCCUUACUCGAAAAACAGGAGUGAGGUUAAAGAGACGGCCGGCUGUGGCUGUCCGCCUUGACAGAACUUUGCUUCGUCUUGGCCCUCUUGUGAGAUCAUUUAUCUUUCUUUAGUUUGUUUCUGAAACUCAAAUCUUUCUAGCAAUGGCGGUGAAACCUUCGAAGGCCGAAAAGAAGAUUGCUUACGACCAGAAGCUAUGCGAGCUUCUUGAUCAAUUCACUCAGAUCCUAGUGGUGGCAGCAGAUAACGUGGGAUCGAACCAACUUCAAGGCAUUCGAAGUGGUUUGCGUGGUGAUUCAGUAGUUCUGAUGGGGAAGAACACCAUGAUGAAGCGAUCGGUCAGGCUUCAUGCUGAGAGGACCGGGAACAAGGCAUAUCUGAAUCUUAUUCCCCUCCUUGUGGGAAAUGUUGGGUUGAUUUUCACCAAGGGUGACUUGAAGGAAGUAAGGGAAGAGGUUGCCAAAUACAAGGUUGGAGCUCCUGCCCGUGUUGGACUUGUUGCACCUAUUGAUGUCGUUGUGCCUCCUGGCAACACAGGACUGGACCCUUCCCAGACUUCCUUCUUUCAGGUGCUUAAUAUUCCAACCAAGAUUAACAAGGGUACUGUUGAAAUCAUCACCCCUGUUGAGCUUAUCAGGAAGGGUGACAAGGUGGGGUCUUCUGAGGCUGCUCUGCUUGCAAAACUUGGAAUCAGGCCUUUUUCUUAUGGUCUUGUUGUACUGUCUGUGUAUGACAAUGGCUCAGUCUUCAGCCCAGAGGUCCUUGAUCUCACAGAGGAUGACUUGAUGGAUAAAUUUGCACUUGGUGUAUCCGUGAUCACCUCUCUGUCGUUGGCAAUCUCAUACCCCACUCUGGCUGCUGCUCCCCAUAUGUUCAUCAAUGGGUACAAGAAUGUUUUGGCUGUUGCACUUGCAACUGACUACUCCUUCCCACAAGCUGAGAAAGUGAAGGAUUACUUGAGGGAUCCAAGCAAGUUUGCAGUUUCUGUGGCUCCAGUUGCUGCUGCAGAUUCCGGUUCUGCUGCAGCUGCCACUGAAUCCAAGGUGGAAGAGAAGGAAGAACCAGCUGAGGAGUCUGACGAUGAUAUGGGUUUCAGUUUGUUUGAUUAAGUAGUUUUGUAGGGGAUCAGUUUAUACCAGAGAUCUGUAGCUUUUUUCCAACGCAAUACAUUUUUGAUUGCCUGAAGUUUUGAGUUUUAUUUUGGUGUAAUUUCGGUUUGAUGUUUUAGCUAUGACUAAUACCCUUGAUUAGAAUUGUGUCCAAAUCCUUUUUUUGAAUGUUAACUACAUUUAAGGUCGUGCA